AUGAGCCGGGCUCUCUUCUUCUCGCUGCUGCUUCCUCUGCUCGCCCUUGCUCAGGACUCGAGUUCGGGCAGUGGACUACCUCCCGCAGGUUACAACGGCGGUUCGGACAACCCUCAGGAUUCAGACGAUGCUGGCGCAGCAGGUUCAUCAAAGGGUGCUUUCGAGCUGUCUUCUGGUGGGCUGGUAGCCAUCGUUGUGGUAGCUGUGAUCGUUGUCAUUGGUGGCAUCGGCUCAGGAACACUUUGGUGGCUCGCAAAGAAGCGUCAAUGGGACGUCCGCCAAUCUAUCCGCCGUGCAUCUCGCCGUAUCACAGGUCGCUCAGUAGUCGACGUCAGCAAACAGAACCGCCAGAACCGUCGAACCGGUAUCCGUCUCAACUCGCCGCCGCCGGGCAAGAAUGCAAGGCCCAAGCAGGAACACGACCUCGAGAAGGGACUGCCGAUGUCGAGCAAGGAGGGUCGAACGACUACGACUAUAUCGAGC